CUCCGACAGGAUAAAGCCGCGUUAUCCUGUGCUAUUCUAAGGACGAUAUUCUAUCGCCUGUUGAAUCAGACCGUUGUGCACGAAAAGAAGUAGUGAAGAGGAGCGCGAUCAUCAACUGUUGUUUAACACAACAAUUUGCGUUUGAAGAAAAUGUUCUUCUUUCCCCUUGUUAUACUCUUCCUCGUGCAGUCGACGUGGGGCUACGUAGAUGAAACCUACUACCCCGGUGAAAAUGUGGACAACUACUUGUACUCGGAGGAAGUCACCGAAAACGAAAACCCGAAUCCUCCUCAAAGAAGAAACAAUAACAACAAUAACUUUCUAAGGUUCGGACGCAGCGAGAAAAAGUACGACACGGAUUACGAAGAUUACAUCGAGGACUUCGCCAGACCCACCAGAUCCGGAAGGACCGACAAGAACGACCACUUCAUCCGAUUCGGUCGUGCCGGACAAGACUUCCUCAGGUUUGGCAGAAGCCAAGUGAGACUGCACAGAGACCGCGACACCCAUCUGAGAUUCGGCAGAAGCGCCCCGGUCCAAGAGCAAAAGUCGCGCGCCAAACGAGACACCGCCAUGCAGGAGGAGUAUAAACGUGGCGGCAGCAAUUUCUUGCGCUUCGGACGCAACAGCAACUUCCUGAGGUUCGGCAGGAAUCCCGAUGGUGUGUUGGCCAUGCCGACGUCCGAAACCGAAAUCACCCACGCUCAGAUCAAUGAACUGCUCGGAAAGAUCAAGCAGAUGCACGACUCCCCUUUGCUUAGGCUUCUGACUGACCUAGCGAUUAAUGCUCGACAAGAUGGCAAAAAAUUCAGCUCGUAAAUUCACUGUUGACACGUUUUUUUAAAGUUCUUCCUUAAAACUGUGGCUGGAUACUUUUCAGUAUUAUGUUGAUCGAUA